GCCAAACAAAACAGGACGAAGAUCGUCAAUAUUACCAAAUCGUUUGCUUCGAACAGGAGAGGGAGAUGGCUGACGGCGCUGUUCAAGUUUUGCUGGAAACGAUAACAAAACUGCUACUCGCGGAGACUGCUUUUCUGAAAGGAGUUAAAGAGCAGAUAAAUCAACUUGAGGAUGAACUCAAAUGGAUGCAUUUAUAUGUCAAAGACGCAGAUGAGAAUCAUAAGUCAGAUGAAAUGUUAAAGCUUUUUGCCAAGCAAAUGCGAGAUAUAAUCUUUGACGCUGAGGAUGUCAUUGAUGAAUUCAUGCUCAAGAUCGUCAAUCACAAACGGCAUCAAAAGGACUCUAAAGCUCUCAAUAUCAUUAACAUACCAUUUCGGCACGGACUAGGAAAUCGAAUUAAAAAGAUCAAUGCCAGGGUAGAGAAACUAAAAUCCAUGGAAAAGCAUAAAACUAAAUUUGAUGGGACUGAAGCAGCAAAUCGUGACUCAUCUUUGUCGUUGCAACAACAGAUAAAGGAAAGAAGAUCUGCAAUCUUCAAUGAAAUACGUCGUCAGCAAGAACCCGUCCAAAUGUAUGAGGGUAGCGCGAGACAAGUCAUUCAGUCAUUAUUGAUAGGAGAUGAAGGUGAUAAUGAUAAGAAACUACGCAUAAUUUCGAUCAUAGGCAUGGGUGGUGUAGGUAAGACUACUUUGUCCCAGAAAAUUUUUAAUGAUAGAAAUGUUGUGGAACAAUUCAAAUGUCGGGCAUUUGUUUAUAUAUCAGAAGUAUAUAGUUUGCCAGAUCUCUUAAAGAGCAUUAUGAAAAGUUGUGGGUCCGACGACUCUGAUGAGGAGGUGACGAGUGAGAAGGUCCGUGCACAUUUGGAGAAACAGAAGUACUUGAUAGUGUUAGAUGACAUAUGGGAUACAAAUGCUUGGAUAAAGUUAAGAGAUUCUUUCCCGGAUGCAAACAAUGGGAGCAGAGUGUUACUUACGACUCGCCAUAAACUUGUAGCUCUGGAUGCUGAAAAAUCUUCAACUAACACCAACAAUAUCCAUGAGUUGUCCGCAAUAAAUGAUGAAAGUGAGAGUUGGGAGCUCUUUCUACAAAGCUAUUUACACAAGGAGUAUGAUUUAUCAGAUAAUUUGGUGCAGCUUGGGAAACAGAUGGUGAAAAGGUGCCACGGGUUACCUCUAGCGAUAGUGGUGCUAGGAGGCCUCUUAUCGUUCCAAGUAAAGAAACAUUCUGUGCGACAUGUAUGUUCUGUAUGGUCUGACGAAAAUUCCCGCUCGAGUUGGCUUUUGAGUCAAGGUAAUGAUUCCUACAAAUGCACAGGAAUUCUAGGAUUGAGUUAUGAUUACUUGCCCUAUCACUUAAAACCAUGCUUUCUUUAUAUGAGUCUUUUUCCUGGCAAUAGCAUGAUCCAAGUAACAAAGUUGUUUCAGUACUGGAUUGCUGAAGGACUUAUCGAAAGCAAAAGUGGAGGACAAAUGUUGGAAGACACUGCAGAGGAUUACUUGGAAGAACUAAUAUGUAGAAGUUUGAUCCAGGUCGGUAAAAGGAGAAGUGAUGGAAGAGUUAAAACUUGUCAUAUCCAUGGUAUACUUCAUGGAAUCUCUGUCUCAGAAUCUACAGAAGAUGAGUUUUCUCAAACCUGUGGUAGCAUUGCUGAAUUUAAUAGAAAACAGAACAACAGUCGCCGAGUAGCUGUUUGUUGUAAUGAGCAGACUGAGCAGUACUUAUCCAAAUCUCAAAACACUAGGAUUCGUUCUUUGAUGUGUCAUGGGGAUGUACAUCUUCCAGAAAAGAAAUACUUCAGCUAUUUAUUUGGGGGAUUCAAAUCACUAAGGGUGCUGGAAUUCUACGGUUAUACUGGUAUUAUUUCACUACCAAAGGAGGUAGGAGAACUCAUACUUCUGAGGUACUUGAGCUUGGGGAAAACUAAGCUAAAAAAGAUUAAUACGAGUUACUUAAGUAAACUUGUCAAUCUGCAAACUCUUAACCUCAAAGGUCAUGAAGUAGUGCUGGAUGAUCAAAUUUGGUGCUUGGAGCAAUUGAGACAUUUAUAUCUGAAGAAUAUUCGACUACCUGCAGCAAUUGAUAGAAGGAAUUCGGUGAUAUCUACUGUUCAUAAGUUAGGAAUUGAUAAUCUAAAAAAACUCCAAUUGUUACGCAUCCGGGCUGGGGAUUGGUUAAAGGAUGGUGGGUUGGAGAAGCUGAGUUCUCUCAGAAAGCUAAAAAUAGAAGAAUGCUUGGUAUCGCACUCAGGCGACAUUUCUAGUGCCGCUACCAACCUUACGAACCUUCGGUCGUUGGCACUGAUAUAUAAAACCUCUAUCAAUGAACCAGUAAUCAAUGAAGAAGUACCCCUAGCAACCAUCCAAUUUUCAAACCACACUUCUCUCAUAAGUUUACAUUUAAAGGGACACAUCCUCGAUUGGCCAAGAGAUAUAGUUUCAUUCCCGCCACAACUUUGUAAGCUAAAGUUGGAGUGGUCAUGGAUGACAGAGGACCCGAUGCUGAUAUUAGAGAAGCUGCCAUCCUUAAGAUUUCUACACUUAGGUUUUGAAUGUUACACUGAAAUGCAAAUGGUUUGCUCAGAAGGAGGUUUUGCCAGUCUUGAAAUUUUGGAACUUGUUUCUAUAUUGAGCUUAGAGAAAUGGAAAAUAAACAAGGAGGCACUAGUAAGGUUGGCAAAGCUGGAAAUUCGUGGUUGCGAAAAUAUGAAGAAGAUUCCUCGUGGGUUACAACAAUUGACUUCACUAAAAGAGCUAAGAGUAGCUAAUAUGCCACAACUCCGGAGAAGGAUGGCAAAGAACAUCGGCGAGGAUUGGCACAAGAUCAAACAUAUUCCAUCGAGGGUUAUGCUUCUUUAAUUCUCUUCAUUCCAGCAUUUGGUUUUUGGUGUUAGAGAGUAGCAAGAUCGAUAAGAGGAGAUAAGAAUUCGGCUAGACUUGAUCUGAAUUCGAUCCAUCUAAUGAUCAAGCAAUUGGUAUAAGAAAUACAGACCAUGGUUUCACAUACAAUUUGAAAAUAAAGCAAUUUUUCAUAAAAUAGACAACAAAAUCGCAAGAACACACUUCUGGAGUUAAUAGAGAAGGGAGCACGAGAAGCCUUGUGACUUUGGAAGUUCAUAAUUGCGUAAAAUUGGAGAUGAUUCCUGAUGGCUAACAAAAAUUGACUACAGUAAAAAACUUAAGUGUGGUUAAUAUACCAUCUCAAAUUCAGAGCAGGACGACAAAGGAACCAGGAGCGGAUAGGAAUAAGAUCAACCGCAUUUGGGUUUUAGUUCUCGUUAUAGCAUGUUGUUUUUGUUUCUGUUGUUGUUUUUCUGUGUAAUAAAAUUCUUUCUUUCCAAUCAGAAGGAAAAGAAAGAUGGUUGUAAUGUGUAACAGGAUAUUCCUUAAGGGUUUCCACCAGAUUAAUUAUUCUUUACUCUAAAA